UUGAGACGAGUAUCACAUAACUCUGGUAUCUAUUCCUAAAACCAUGAAAGUCGCAGUGGUAUUUUUGGCUCUCAUAGCUGUGGGCUUCGCGGCUCCUCAGCCGAGGAAGCUCUUCCACGAGCAUGUUGAAGAUUUCCUGGAGCUCAUCAAUGAGGAGGCUGGACAAGACUUGGAAGAGCUGUUUGAGCACUACAUUGAGUUCGAUGCCUUCUGGGUGGCUCUCGACUAUUUGAGGACUGCUGACUUCAGGAACCUCAUCUAUGAAAUGGAAUCGCUGCCCGAGUUUAGAGCUGUGAUCGAUUUCUUGGAGAAAGACAACAUCGAUAUCUUGUACUUCAUCGAUCUUUUCAACUCCGUCAUCGAAAGCGGUCUUGAAGGUGUGAAGAAGACCCGCCACCAGCUCAGUGGCGAGGACUUCAGCGCUUUCAUCAACGACUGCGUAGAAUUUUUCCCCAAAGACAAACUGGCAGCGCUCUUUGAACAAAAGUUGAAUGAAGACGAGGAAUUCAGGACUGCUAUCGAGAACCUGAACAGUGAAGAAUGGUUCGCCAUUUACGAUGCCCUGUGGAAGAGCUCGGUCUUCCAAGCCGAAAUCGCCACACUGGGUCAACAUGGCAUCCAUAUCCACGCUCUACUCAACGAGUUGAUAGCUGUCUUCGGACAGAACUAACUUGUUUGUGACGAGUAAAGUUUUGUAAUUAUUGAAA